AUGUUGCCCUCCCUUAAAGGAUGUUACUCUGAUGAUAUCUUAAACCUAGGACGACGUUUUUAUUCUCCGUAUACGGGCAUUGGGGCUGGUGAUAUCUAUAACACAAGCCAUGUAAUUGAAGGUACUACUUUUCUUGACUUGAUAGCACAACUAGAAAGCACACAGAACAAGAAGCAAUGGGCAAUUGGACCAAUUCUCCCGACUAAACGUCUACAUCAGCUCUCAAAUAAGGACAACAUAUGUUUGGUUUGGCUAAACAAACAACCUCCAAAAUCAGUUCUUUAUAUAUCCUUUGGAACAUCAACUUCAUUUUCUGAUGAACAAAUUAAGGAGCUCGCAAUGGGAAUAGAGCAAAGCAAACAAAAGUUCAUAUGGGUGUUGAGGGAUGCCGAUAAAGGAGAUAUCUUUCCUGGGAAAGCUAGAAAACUUGAAUUGCCAGAAGGGUUUGAGGAAAGAGUGAAAGGGGUGGGGUUAGUAGUUAGGGAGUGGGAGAAAUACGAGGAGCUGGUGAAUGCAUCCACCGUUGAGAAUGUUGUGACGAAAUUAAUGGCAUCAGAAGAAGGUGAUGCGAUUAGGAAAAAACAGAAGAGUUGGGAGAAGCCGUAA